UAUUUAGGUAGAACGUCUUUCUCGUAUAAAGGCAGAAGAUAUAAGGAGAGAAGAAGAGACAUAUGUGACUGAUAUAAAGGCAGAAUAUAUAGAGGGAGAAGAAGAGACAUAUGUGAAUGAUAUAACGGGAAAAGAUACAGAGGAAGAAGAAGAGACGUAUGUGACUGAUAUAAAGACAGAAGAUAUAGAGGGAGAAGAAGAGACGUAUGUGACUGAUAUGAUGACAGAAGAUACAGAGGGAGAAGAAGAGACGUAUGUGACUGAUAUAAAGGCAGAAGAUAUAGAGGGAGAAGAAGUGACGUAUGUGACUGAUAUAAAGACAGAAGAUAUAGAGGGAGAAGAAGAGACGUAUGUGACUGAUAUGAUGACAGAAGAUACAGAGGGAGAAGAAGAGACGUAUGUGACUGAUAUAAAGGCAGAAGAUAUAGAGGGAGAAGAAGUGACGUAUGUGACUGAUAUAAAGGCAGAAGAUACAGAGGGAGAAGAAGAGACGUAUGUGACUGAUAUAAAGGCAGAAUAUAUAGAGGGAGAAGAAGAGACGUAUGUGACUGAUAUAAAGGCAGAAGAUAUAGCGAGAGAAGAAGAGACGUAUGUGACUGAUAUAAAGGCAGAAGAUACAGAGGGAGAAGAAGAGACGUAUGUGACUGAUAUGAUGACAGAAGAUACAGAGGGAGAAGAAGAGACGUAUGUGACUGAUAUAAAGGCAGAAGAUAUAGAGGGAGAAGAAGUGACGUAUGUGACUGAUAUAAAGGCAGAAGAUACAGAGGGAGAAGAAGAGACGUAUGUGACUGAUAUAAAGGCAGAAUAUAUAGAGGGAGAAGAAGAGACGUAUGUGACUGAUAUAAAGGCAGAAGAUAUAGCGAGAGAAGAAGAGACGUAUGUGACUGAUAUAAAGGCAGAAGAUACAGAGGGAGAAGAAGAGACGUAUGUGACUGAUAUAAAGACAGAAAAUACAGAGGGAGAAGAAGAGACGUAUGUGACUGAUAUAAAGGCAGAAGAUACAGAGGGAGAAGAAAAGACAUAUGCGACUGAUAUGAUGACAGAAGAUACAGAAGGAGAAGAAGAGAUGUAUGUGACUGAUAUAAAGGCAGAAGAUAUAGCGGGAGAAGAAGAGACGUAUGUGACUGAUAUCAAGGCAGAAGAUACAGAGGGAGAAGAAGAGACGUAUGUGACUGAUAUAAAGGCAGAAGAUAUAGAUGGAGAAGAAGAGACGUAUGUGAGGGGUGAUCAGCAGUGUAAGGAAGAUGAGAUCCCUACAGAUAUCAGCACAGCAGAUGGACACACAAGCAGGAAUAUCUCAGAAGGACAUCUAAUGUUAUCCCUAGAUUCUGAAAUAACAGAUAAUGACAGUAGACAGGAUUCUCCAGGAGCUAACCCCAUUACCCCAAUUAUUCAUCCAGCUCUAUCAGCUGAUCCCUCUGAUACUGGGAAAUGUUCUCCUGAUCACUCUGAUAUUGGUGCAUCUGUUACAGCUCUGACAGUAGAUACAGUGUUUCCUUGUUCUAUAGAUGCCAAAUGUUUUACACAGAACACAAAGCCUAUUACCCAUCAGCCAGCUAAGGCAGGGGACGGGCCAUUUCCAUGUUCUGAGUGUGGGAAAUGUUUUACAUAUAAAUCAUAUCUUGUUAGACAUGAGAGAAGUCACACAGGUGAGAAGCCGUAUUCCUGUUCUGAGUGUGGGAAAUGUUUCGCAUAUAAAUCACAACUUGUUACACAUCAGAGAAGUCACACAGGUGAGAAGCCAUAUUCCUGUUCUGAGUGUGGGAAAUGUUUUGCAUACAAAUCACAUUUUGUUAUUCAUCAGCAUGCUCACACAGGUGAGAGGCCAUUUUCCUGUUCUGAGUGUGGGAAAUGUUUUACAUAUAAAUCAUAUCUUGUUAGACAUGAGAGAAGUCACACAGGUGAGAGGCCAUUUUCCUGUUCUGAGUGUGGGAAAUGUUUUGCAUGUAAAUCAGUUCUUGUUACACAUCAGAGAAGUCACACAGGUGAGAAGCCAUUUUCCUGUUCUGAGUGUGGGAAAUGUUUUUUAUCGACAUCACAUCUUGUUAGUCAUCAGAGAAGUCACACAGGUGAGAAGCCAUAUUCCUGUUCUGAGUGUGGGAAAUGUUUUUUAUCGACAUCACAUCUUGUUAGUCAUCAGAGAAGUCACACAGGUGAGAAGCCGUACUCCUGUUCUGAGUGUAGGAAAUGUUUUGCACAGAAACCAGCUCUUGUUAUACAUCAGAGAAGUCACACAGGUGAGAAGCCAUAUUCCUGUUCUGAGUGUGGGAAAUGUUUUUUAUCGACAUCACAUCUUGUUAGUCAUCAGAGAAGUCACACAGGUGAGAAGCCGUACUCCUGUUCUGAGUGUGGGAAAUGUGUUGCAUGGAAAUCACAUCUUGUUAUUCAUCAGAGAAGUCACACAGGUGAGAAGACGUAUUCCUGUUCUGAGUGUGGGAAAUGUUUUGCACACAAAUCACAUUUAGUUACACAUCAGAGAAGUCACACAGGUGAGAAGCCAUUUUCCUGUUCUGACUGUGGGAAAUGUUUUUCAUCGACAUCACAUCUUGUUAGACAUCAGAGGAGUCACACAGGUGAGAAGCCAUAGUCCUGUUCUGAGUGUGGGAAAUGUUUUGCACGGAAAUCAGUUCUUGUUAAACAUCAGCGAUUUCACAGAUGAGAAGCCAUUUUCAUGCUGUGAGAGAAAUAAAUCUGCUCUUGUUGAACAUAUUAGACAUUACCCAAGUCCGAAACCAUUUACAUCUUCUGGAGUAUAAUUAUCACUGUCGUCCAAUGUUCCUCAAGGGUGAAUCCGAUCUCCUAUGCUUUAUAAAAUAUACAUGCUACCACUGGGUGAUAUAAUCAGACGUCAUGGCCUGAUCUACCACUGCUAUGCAGAUGACCUGCUUUUUGCUCCAUGUACUGAGAACCUAAUACCAAUAAAUGGUUGUCUAGCUGAGCGCCAGGGGUGGAUGAUGCCAGUUGGCUGUGACUCAGUCUUUGUGAAACAUAAUAGAAGCUCCCAAACAAAGGACAAGACUACAGCUUUACCAACCAUCUGGAUUUAUGCUUUGGUGUUCAGAAUCGCAAAAUACUGAACGUGUGCUGAAUCUUUGUGUUGUCCUGGUAUGUGGAUGACACAGACAUCAGGUAUCCGCCACAUACAAUUCCUCAUUCUUCCAUCUGUGGACCAUAACCAGAAUCAAGCUCUUGAUUCCCUCAGAAGUUCAUAGACUACUGCAAUGCCAUCUACCUGGGUCACCCAGCAAAAGAAUUACAGAGCUUUCAGGUUUUCCAAAAGGUGGAGAAAGUAAAUUCUCCUCCCAAUUGGAGAGUAACCCGCACCAGGAUAUAACUGUCCUGAUAGUUUAUGUACUUGGGGUACCUUUAUAUUAAAUAAUACCACUAUCACAAUUAAGUGAAUAAAUCGUGGGACAUUCUCAAGGUAAUUAUAGGUGCUACCAACUGAUUUAGGUCAAGGAAUAAAGUCAAAUCCCCAAAGGGAGGGGAAAGAAAAAAUAAAUCAGUUUUUUUGUGCGGUGCACACAACCCAAUAUCCAAUAUAUUAAAAUAUUUUUCUUUAUUGAUAAAUUGUUAAAAAAUCCCUAUGUUAUUCGUAUUUAUAGGCAAAAUUGCCACACUUAAUAUUUAUUAAUUUUAUGUAUAAUUAAGGAUAUUAAUCAGACUAGUAUUGUCCUUAAAUUUGUAAUCAAGCAAAGUAAUAAAAGAUAGUAAGGAAAGUGAAAAAGAAUGAAAAUUAAGUGAAUAAAGAUUAAAAACAAAGCUGGUGUGUCGAGUGCCUUUUGUAUUUAUGUAAUAAGAUGGUCCUAAUGUGCGUAAACCGUACUGGUUCCCACUGAGUUAUAUUGACAUAAAAGGUUCUUACUGGGAAAUACGUGAAUAUUUAACUGCAAUAAUACUCAUUACUGGGAUGUGUUCCACAGAUGCAAUAUGGUAUUAAUAAUUAUGAUAGUAAAUGUGUGUCGGUUAACAGAUGAUUUCAGACAGAGACACAGAUCCUAUAUUGUAAUAGUUAUUGCAGGUUCCACACGAUCCCAUCCCUGGGGUGUUGCAUAUUAUGCCUGCAGAGUUCGUUUACUCAAGGUGAUUUAUUGUGUCUUUUAUUGUAGUGCAAAGGAUACAUGUGAGGUAAGAGAUAAGUCACUCAAUAGAGCACCCAAAGUUGUCACAUUACCCACAUCAAGUGCUAUUUAGGCACAGUUGCCUGAAUAAUAUUGGCAAGCUGGACUGUGAAUUUGCUAUAAAAUAUUAUUGUCACUACAAUGUCCUGCUGAAUCACCACCUUUAAUUUCCCAUGUGAUCUGUGACUCAGAAAAGAUCCAAAGAUAGUCAGUUGACACAGUAAUUUGGGCCAGCAAUAACUCCUAUGUGGUCAUCCAGCGCCCCAUCUGAUAUGAUGUGCACGAUUUAAAUAUAUCACCGUGCAAUCUGUAGUUGCAGUUAGUGCCUCUAUAGUUGGAUUCUUGCUUUCUGCUGCUAAUAUUGCGCAGUUCUCAUUCUCAUUAAUAGAGAUCUCGAUCCAACUCAAUCCAUAUGCUUAUACACUUGGUAAUAAGCGUACUCCUGCUAGAUGUUUAGCGGUGCAGUGAUUGCUUUCAAGUGUCUAACAGUCGUAUAUAUUAUUGCAAUUAGACAGGCAAUUACACCGCUCAUCUGGUAUGCUGUAUGCAGGUUGAUGAUAACACAUUCACCUAUGUUUUUAAUUGCUAUAAACUCCACCUAUAAGUUUGGCAGUGCAGUGAUUGUUAUGGUGCAGCACGUCAGUGAAAUGUCACAAUGGAGAUUAUUGAUUCCUGAGGAUACUGCUGUAAGUUUGGUAGUACUGUAAUUCGUUUCUAAUUUCUAACAGUCACGUAUGUUUUACAGUAGCACGGGCGGUUGUACCGCUCGUCAGGUACACUGUAUACAGGCUAAUAAUAGCACAUUCUCCUGUGUAGAUACUGCUACAAGUUUGGCUGUGCCGUAAUUAGUUUCCAAUUUCCAACAAUCACAUAUGUUUCACAAUGAGACGAGCGGUUGCACCGCUCGUUAGAUACACUGUAUACAGGCUAAUAAUAACACCUUCUCCUGUGAUCUUAAUUAUCAAUACUUCUACUAUAUGUUCAUCAGUGCAGUAAUUAAUUUCAGAUUUCUACCAGUCACAUAUAGUAUUAUGACUGGGCGGGCAGUUGCACCGCUCGUCGUAACGCUAUCUGCAGGUUAACAGAGGCACAUUCUCCUAUGUACGUACACACAUUUGAUCGGACACUUUUUCUAACAUUUAUAUAUUGCACAUUAGACACAUCAGCCUAACGCCAAUGCACAUUUCGCUCAUAGGCUUCCUCAGGGCACUAUAUCUUGCAGCUAGUACAGAAUGCAGCAGCCAAGCUGUUACCUGACCAGCCCGUUCCAGCCUCAUAACACCCAUUCUCUACUCCCUUCACCGGCUGCCUGUAAGAUGACAAAUCUAUUUCAUAAUUAACUAAAUGACCUUCCCAGCCCAGCAUUACAUGGUCCAAGGUACUAGAAGCAGCUUCUGCCUCCUUACUGCCCUGCUGGCUUCUACAGAUGAAGGACUGUUACCAGCAGUACCAAGAAUCUCCUGUAAUUCAUUUAUGGGUUGAACGUUUAGCUUUGACCAUGGAACUCACUGCCUUGCACAGUCCAAGAGGCCUCCACUCUAGAGACCUUCACAAGCAGACUGAUGACUGCUACUCACACUUUUCAUUAAUGUACCUCUAUUUACUUCCUAAAUAAUACAUCCCAAAUGCUUAGGUCUUUAUUCUGCUGUUUAUUUUGUAUCUUGUGCUUUGUGUGAAUGUGUAAUGCCAGUUUCCACAAUCUGUAUUGCUGCACGACAAUAUGGCGGCCAUUGGAACGUGUUUUCACUUCUUGUAGUUUACCUAACUUGUUGCAGACACUCAUCUUGACAUGGAGUGUUUUCUGAUACAAGAUCCUAUCCAUAUAUACCCUGUACAUUAUCAUGUGCAUUAGAGUCACCCGGGUUCCAUCUGCGGUGGUUUGUUGUAUGUUACAUCUAUAUGGUGCGGAUACUCCCCUGUAUGAUUUCAUAAUAAAAGCUUUUGUUUGCAUCUAA